GAGAAAAAAAAACAUCUCGUAGACAUUUAUUUAAUCUUAAUAGCUACCCAAAAAAAAAAAACCCACACACACACAAAAAACACCGGUAUACUUGAGUAAAAUCAUCCAUGUCAAGGCACAAAGGGGACUGUCGAAGUGUUGUGCUGCCUGUGUGUACAAAUAGGAGCACAGGAGCCUUUUUGCCAACGUACCGUGAAUUGGUCCAUCAGGCUCAGUGACAACAGCAUAAGACCCUGGCACCAUUGUGUGCCAGUCCAUUCCGAGACCCAGGGACUUUAGAAUUCAGAAGAUGAAUGGUCUGUCCAUACGAGAGCUAUGCUGCCUUUUCUGCUGCCCUCCGUGCCCCAGCCGCAUUGCAGCCAAAUUAGCUUUCCUGCCACCGGAGCCCACAUACAUCCUUCUUCCCGACCCAGAUCCUGCAUCUGGAGCUGGAACAGCAUCUGGGUCCAGCACCGGGGGCACCGUCCCUUCUCUGGGUGCUCCUGGGCUACGUUCCCGGUUGAGUGCAGGUAGUGGUGGUGACAGAGGAGGCGGUGGGGGCACCAGUGGCGGAGGAGGUGGAAGUUCCGGGGCUGGGGCUGGAUGUGAGAGCAGGUGGAAGCUGCAUCUCACGGAGAGAGCAGAGUUUCAGUAUUCUCAGAGAGAGCUGGAUGUAACUGAUGUGUUCAUGACCAGAUCCAGCCGAGGGAACAAGGUUGGGUGCAUGUACAUACGCUGUGCCCCUAAUGCCAGGUUCACCGUGUUGUUCUCACACGGCAACGCAGUCGACCUCGGUCAGAUGAGCAGCUUCUACAUUGGCUUGGGCACGCGCAUCAACUGCAACAUAUUCUCUUACGAUUACUCAGGCUACGGGGUUAGCACCGGCAAGCCGUCGGAGAAGAACCUUUAUGCUGACAUUGAUGCCGCCUGGCAUGCCUUGCGGUCUCGGUACGGCAUCAGCCCUGAGAACAUCAUCCUGUACGGACAGAGCAUCGGCACGGUGCCCACAGUGGACUUGGCGUCACGAUUUGAGUGUGCUGCCGUUGUUCUUCACUCUCCUCUCACCUCCGGCAUGAGAGUGGCCUUCCCCGACACAAAGAAAACCUAUUGCUUCGAUGCCUUCCCCAACAUUGAAAAGGUGUCAAAGAUCCCAUCUCCAGUGCUCAUCAUCCACGGUACGGAGGAUGAGGUCAUCGACUUCUCCCACGGCCUUGCCCUGUUCGAGCGCUGUCCGAAGGCCGUGGAGCCCCUCUGGGUGGAGGGCGCCGGGCACAACGACAUUGAGCUUUACAGUCAGUACCUUGAGCGGCUACGGCGCUUCAUCAACCAGGACCUGGCUGCACAGCACGCCUGAGGAUUGGAACAACAGCCUCUCUGCCUCCGCGCGCAUGUGUGUGAGUGAGAGAUGAGAAAAGUGUGGCUCAGACAUACACUAUCUGUGUGUCUUUUAUACGUCACGUUACUUUUUAAAACAAUUGCAUUAAAAUAACUCUUUAAGAUUUGAGCAUUUUUAAAAAGUCAUUGCGUGUAUUUAUCUUUAGUGUGUUUGUAAUGUGGCGAAGUUCAGUUGAGCUUCGCACCUCAAAAUGAAUACAAUUAAUUAAAAGCUCUUCUUAAAAAAAAACUAACAAAAAAAAAAAAGUAACAACUUUUUGUUUUCCAAAAAGGCACACAGAUGUCAUUUAAAAGUGAAUGAAUGAUUGUGGUCCUGGAUGUAAAAUCUUGAGUUAAUGUUCAUAUCAUGGACCUGUGUGUGCGUGCGUGUGCGUGCGCGCGUGUGUGAGAGGCAGCUUUGGGGGAGAGAAAAAAAUGAAGGACAUCCUUUUGACUUGGCUAGUGGCAAGUGGGGGGGAAACGUUUGUGAUUUAUCAAGUUUUUUUGUCUUAUUUGUGUGUGUAUGAAGAAUACCUCCACAGUUUGACCAGCUCUUUUUAGUGGACAACAUGACACUGGUCAGACCUGUUUAUCUGUCAGUGGACAUGCAACUGACUGCCAGAUAGUAACUCACCACUUCGCACCCUCCAAAAACUGGCAAUUUCUUUCCUGUUUCCUGCCGUAGCUUUUGCCUUUUUACUCUUAGCUGCUCCUCCUGACAGGGAUUGUCAUUUGUCCCCGUGUUGCUUUUAUCCCACAUGCAAGUGAGCUGCCUGGAAUGUAUGUGAGGUUCCAUUCCCUGUGGAGGACUACUCCAUACAUGUGAAUGUUUUAGCAAUACUCAAAUAUGCUCUAAACAGUCAAAAGGGGAGAAGUCUUUAAGUGGAAGUAAAGGUACAGUAGAGCUGUGCCCUCAUGGGAGCCACUAGAGGUGAAGCUUGUAUCAUUUAGUGCAAAGGUGAAUAACACUUUCGCUCAUCGUCCUCCAUGUUUGUGUCCCGAUGGAAGGAAUCGCAACAGUUCAGUUGUUGGGGCUAUAGAGCUCUGGACUACAGUGGAACCUCCAAAGUCGAACAUGAUCUGUUCCUUGAGUUCCAAGUUGGUCGAAUUUUAAAAUUGCUGUACAGUAUUCCCGCACAUUCCGAUUCACAGGCCAAACCACUGUCUAAUAUAAAAGUAUUUCUUUGGCACCAUCUUGUGGCAUCUUGGUGCAAAGAAACUAUGUUAAAGUGGGUUGAGGAGGUUCAAACUCAUUUUUGUCGCGGGCCAUAUUGUAGUUACGGUUUCCCUCAGAGGGGCAUGAUGCUGUGAAACCAUAAAAAUCUUUAAUCACCAUCAUAUUUACACACAAAAUUUAUGAACUAGUUUUGGAAUCAGAAAUCAAGGGUAUUUGGUUUUUCAACUAUUGUUCAUGUUUGGUAAAGCAAAAAUGCUUGCUGUAUCUCAACAUUAUCAUUUAUGAUAUAUGACUUUGAAAUUUUGGCGCAGAUUUGAACAAGAAUCAUGGAAGUUGACACAUGAUUCGCCUUCGCGGGCCACAAAAAUUCAAGUGGCGGGCCGGAUCUGGCUCCUCCUUGAGUUUGACACCUGUGUUGUAGAGCUUUGCUGCCAUAUUUUGGUAUCUUGGUGUCAUGGAACUCCGUGUAUGUGGAAGUCAGUUGAGGAGUUUCUUAGUGCUUUGCCUGCAUCUUUAGGCAGUUUUAACUUUUUUAGAGAGAGUGAGGAUCACUCCAGAUUUCCGCCGAUCACAGCAGGACUCGAUCGCUAUCCCCCGCCACUGUAAUGUCAAAUGGAUACAUUUUAGUGAAUUUAAAAAGUCUACACAGCUCUGUUCAAAUGCUAGGUUUUUGUAAUUUAAGAAAAUGAGAAAAUCAUUUCAAAACUUUUUCCACCAUUGUGAGCUGUAACCUGUUCAACUCAACUGAGGGAAAAAAAAAAUAAAAAUAAAAAAAAAAAUAUAUAUAUAUAUACAUAUAUAUAUAUAUAUAUAUAUAUAUAUAUAUAUAUCUUUUUGGGAGGGCAACUAAAAAUAAACAACUGUAAUAAUGUGGUUGCACAAGUGUGCACGCCCUCUUAUAAGUGGGUAUGCGGCUCUGUUCAGAAUUUACCAAUCACAUCCGAACUCUCGUUCGAUAGGAGGCAACACACACCUGCCACAAUUUAAAGUACCUCUGGUUAACCACAAAUAAAGUUCAGAUGCUUAGUAUGCUUUUCCUGAUGCUGUGGAAGAUCUCUGCGAACCACGGCUUGAGCUGUCAACAAAAAUGUCAGGAGAAGCCUACUUGAACAACUGACAUUUUGGAGGUUAAUCAGAGGCACUAAAUGGUAGCAACUGUGUGCUAACUCCUAUCUAACAUAAAUUCAAAUGUGAUUGAUUAAUUGUGAACCCAGCCACAUCCCCCGUUAUAAACGCUUGUAACUGAGGAUAUGCGCAUUUGUACAACCAGUUUAUUGUUACACCCCCUCUUGAAUUUUUUAUUUUUUUUUCAAUUGUACAGGUUAUAGGUCUGAUUAACGGUGGAAAAAGUUUUGAAAUGAAUAAGCUUGGUUUCUUUUUACAUCACAAAACCUGGCAUUUGAACUUGGGUGUGUCGACAUUUUAUAUCCACUGUAGUUCUAAGUUAAAACUAUCGCCACUAUAAACUAACUGUACGUGCAACAUUUUAACAUAACUGUCUUAAGUACAAAAAGAAGUUAACCACUGUAUAAUGCAACAAAAAUAAAGUAAAACUACUCACCCUGACUGACAAGCGUGAGGUCACAGUUGGUCAUUAUACUUUUCAGUCUUUGCAAUCGCUGGUCCCACAAAAAAAAAAAAAAAAAAAAAAACACCACGUGAUGAAUUGAGGUUUGACGC